GGUCUCCAAUAGCGGAUUGGAAUUUAUCCGUCACUCCUGUCGAUCUUUGUUAGAUUUAUGCCUUCAUGACAGUGCUCGUAUUGCAAAUGGUGGAAGUAUAAUAUUAAUUUUUUUCUGUAUAAUUAUUAAGAUAAAUAUUAACAUUAUGGCUACAUCUAAAACUACGAAUACUUAUAACAGGCAAAAUUGGGAAGAUGCAGAAUUUCCAAUAUUAUGUCAGACGUGCUUGGGAGAUAAUCCAUAUAUCCGUAUGACAAAGGAAAAAUAUGGGAAGGAGUGUAAGAUAUGUAUGCGACCAUUUACGGUAUUUAGAUGGUGUCCUGGGGCAAGGAUGCGAUUUAAGAAGACGGAAGUCUGUCAGACGUGCAGUCGAUUGAAAAAUGUUUGUCAGACAUGUUUAUUAGACCUGGAAUAUGGUUUGCCUAUCCAGGUUCGCGAUGCAGCUUUAAAGAUUAAAGACGAUUUGCCUCGUUCGGAUGUAAAUAAGGAAUACUACGUACAAAAUAUAGACAAUGAGAUUGGCAAGAUCGAUCCGACAACGCCAGCCGGUGCCGUAGGCAAAUCCGCUGCAGCUAGCGAUCUAUUAAUGAAAUUGGCCAGAACAAGUCCGUAUUAUAAGAGGAAUAGACCGCACAUUUGUUCGUUUUGGGUGAAAGGCGAAUGCAAGAGAGGCGAAGAGUGUCCAUACCGGCAUGAAAAACCGACAGAUCCCGACGAUCCGUUAGCUGAUCAAAACAUAAAGGAUCGUUAUUAUGGGGUGAAUGAUCCAGUGGCAGAUAAGCUUAUGCGUAGAGCCGCAGCUAUGCCCAAACUCGAUCCACCCGAGGAUAAAUCUAUUACGACGUUAUACAUUGGCAAUUUAGGCGAUGUGUUGACAGAGAAACAAUUGCGCGAUCAUUUCUAUCAAUAUGGCGAGAUACGUUCGGUGACUAUGGUACCGCGUCAACAAUGUGCCUUCAUCCAAUACACGCAAAGAAGCGCCGCCGAGGCAGCGGCCGAAAGGACGUUCAACAAAUUAAUAUUAGGUGGAAGACGACUCACUAUAAAAUGGGGUCGUUCUCAAGGAAGACAAACGAUAUCUGCUACUGAGGCCAUGAGAGAGAUUCUUGAACCCGUUCCCGGUUUACCAGGAACCUUACCACCGCCUCCCGAAACUAUGGGCAAUAAUUUCUUCAAUCUACAAACCACGUCUGGCAUGAUACCACCAAUGAUGAUUCCACCGCCACCUGUUGCACCUCAAUUUAUGUUCGCCGCAAUGGCGGCUGCAGCUGCGACUCCGAUUUUCCCUCCAGGAACAACUCCUAUACACUAUCCAAGUCAAGAUCCAUCCAGAAUGGGCGCGUCGCAGGGUAUAGGCAAACCUUGGCCGGAAGAAUAAUGUGUAUGGCAUUGUAUGAGUUUUUUUUAAUAUAUAACUGUAAUGACAAGACAGAAA